GGAAUAUUUGCCGGUCUCCCAUAGCUGAAGCUGUUUUUAGAAAACUUGUAACUGAAGAAAACCUUGAAAACAAGUGGAGGAUAGACAGUGCAGCAACCUCUACGUAUGAAAUAGGAAAUCCUCCAGAUUAUCGAGGCCAGAAUUGCAUGAGAAAACAUGGCAUAAGUAUGAAUCAUAUUGCCAGGCAGUGACUUGAGAAGAAAAUCCAAUCAAAUUAAAAAUUGCAAAGCUAAAAUUGAACUCCUUGGUAGUUAUGAUCCAGAGAAACAGCUUAUUAUUGAAGAUCCAUAUUAU